AUGGAAGGACCCGUCCCUGGCCAGGACACCAUGCUGACCGACACAGAGCCCUCUAACACCAUCAAACUGCUGCACCUGGUUUUCCUCUCCACCUCCUGGGGAAUGCAGAUCUGGGUGACCUUCGUGGCUGGGUUCGUGAUGGGCAGCCACCUCCCUCGCCACACCUACGGCUUCAUCCAGCGUGAGCUCUUCCCCUACUACUUCCACAUCGGCUCCGCUUGUGCCUUCCUCAACCUGACUCUAUUUGCCAUGUACCACCCCAGCGAGCUGCUCAGCGAUGAACAAACGACCCAGAUCAUCGUCUUCUUCGUUUGCGUCGCUGCUUCUGUGCUGAACACACAGUGGUUCGGGCAGGUCACCUCCGACAUCGUGGCAGACAUGCACCUCGUCGAGCGCAGCCACGGCCUCGGCCAGGAGGUCGGGCUGUUCACCAGCAAGUCCUGCAGGCAGCUGCAUGCCUCCAACUCCAGCUACAGGCAGCUGUCCCGGCAGCUCACCCUCUACCGCGCUCUGUCCUCCCUCUGCAACCUCUGCUGCAUCGCGUGCAACGGCUUGAGCUUGUACUAUUUGGCUGCCCAUCUCUCUGCCCUGUGA